CUUUGGUUUUGCUUUUUUUUUCUUUGCCUUUCCUCGAUACUGUUCUGUUCCUAUGAGUAGUAAGUGUUAAACUUUGCCUCCUUUGGUAUUUUAUCUAGGUUUUUUAAUAUAUGUUUACACAGAUGAUCACUAAAAAAGCUAUAGUGCUUUUGUGGAUGUCCACUCUCCUCUGCCUUUCAAGAGCUGUGACAUUUUCAGUGCUGGUUCCUAAUUCAGUGUCAGCUCUAUCAGGAUCUUCAGUCAUCCUGCCUUGUGGACUUUCUCCCUCCUAUAAUGCUAAAACGUUUGAAUUUCGCUGGUACAGAAAUAAAGACUACAACAAACCCAUACUGCUGUACCAGAACCUCAAAGUCCAGGAGAACGCUGGAGAUCCUCAGUACAGAGGCAGAGUGUAUCUGAUUGGAGAACUGGAGAAAGGGAACGUCUCUCUGAAACUGGAGAACCUGACACUGGCAGAUAAUGGGGAAUAUAUGUGCAAUGUUGAGAGCCCACAGUGGUAUGACAGAGCCAAUGUAUCCUUAGUAGUGAAAA